AUGAAUGGAGAGAGGAGGAUAAUUACCUCUUGGAUUGGAUACUUGAUCCUAAUUCUACUUCUUUUCGUGGGUAAUUUCCCCCACCAUGUUUGGUGUCAAAAUCGACCUCCUCCAAGAAAGGGAAAACCCCGAUUAUCACCAUUGAUUUCAAACCUUUUUCUCGGAAGAUUCAACAAAACAGUCGAACAAUACCAGCCUGAAAUCGAAAAAGAGAUAGGAUUUUGCACUCAAGACGUCAAAAAGGACUUCCAUGGAGCUUUUGACUUCGAAGGAAGGGAACAAUUCUUCCAAAACUGUCAAGACAAGUUAAAAGAUCUCCCAACUCGAUUAUGCACUGUAUCAGAACUUAGAGUAUACUUCACCAGUUUUCUGAAGAACGCUGGAGAGAAGAAAAGCGUAUCUCAAUCUCAUUUCUUAGGCCCCAAUAGAAACUGUAAUCUGACGUCAUGGUCCCAAGGAUGUGAAGCAGGAUGGGCAAGUACAGUCAACCCUGGUCAAAAGUAUGAUUAUAAUGAAACGGAUCCUAAAAAAAUGCCUUUUCGGACUACUGAUAGUAAACCAUGUUGUGAGGGGUUUUUCUGCCCUCAAGGUCUUACUUGCAUGAUACCAUGCCCCUUGGGUGCACAUUGUCCUGUUGCAAAGCUGAAUCCAACAACGGGUAUUUGUUUACCAUACCACUACCAGCUACCUUCUGGCCAAAAGAAUUACAGUUGUGGUUCAGCCGAUAUGUGGGUCCCAGUACAAAUGGGUAACGAGAUAUUUUGUGCUGCAGGAUAUUAUUGUCCAACAACUAUCAAGAAAAUUCAAUGCCCUCAAGGAUGCUAUUGUCGGAUGGGGUCUAGGGUUAAAUACCGUUGCUUCCCUGGCACUAAGUGUGACAAGGGAACAGAAAUUCCAAGCAUGAAAGUGUAUGGAAUCUUGCUCAUUGCUUUAUUGACAGCAAUACUGAUAGUGGUCUAUAAUUGCUCAGACCAAGUAAUCUCAACACGAUAUGAAAAACAAGCCAAAUCAAGAGAAGAAGCAGUAAAAUAUGCACGCGAAAUUCAAGCAAGACAAAAAUCAAGAGCUUCAAAAGAUGCAAGUGGAUGGAAACCAUCAGGAUUACAAGGAAUACACCAAACACUUUCAAGAAAAUUUUCAAGAACAAAAACAAAAGGUUCACCUUCACUCCCACCUUCAGGACCUUUAGGAAACAAAAAAGAAAUACGUUCACUUGAUGACAACACCGAAGUUGAUAAAGGGUUAAAUUUGGAAAAUGGAGAUAAAACAAAACACGAACGUAAAGCUUCAAAGGAGCUUCAUACAAGAAGUCAAAUCUUUAAAUACGCGUAUGGUCAAAUUGAGAAAGAGAAAGCAAUGGAGGAGAUGAACAUGUACAUGAGUGAUGUAGAUGUUUUGAGGAAAAGGCCUAGGAUUGAGGUUGCUUUUAAGGAGUUGACUUUGACUUUAAAAGGGAAAAAUAGGAAUAUAAUGAGGAAUGUUAGUGGGAAGAUUUUGCCAGGUAGGAUUUCGGCUGUUAUGGGGCCCUCGGGGGCGGGGAAGACUACUUUUUUGUCUGCUUUAACCGGAAAAAUAAGUGGGUGUACAAUGUCGGGAAUGAUUUUGAUAAAUGGAAAAAAUGAAUCGAUUCAUUCGUAUAAAAAAAUUGUUGGUUUUGUUCCACAAGAUGAUAUUGUGCAUGGAGAUUUGACUGUUGAAGAGAAUUUGAGGUUUAGUGCACGAUGCAGACUAUCUGCCGAUUUGCCAAAAGCAGAUAAAGUUCUCAUAACCGAAAGAGUGAUCGAGGCAUUAGGACUUCAGGGAGUUAGAGAUUCCAAAGUUGGAACAGUUGAAAAACGUGGAAUUUCAGGAGGCCAAAAGAAAAGAGUAAACGUUGGGUUGGAAAUGGUGAUGGAACCUUCCCUCUUAAUCUUGGAUGAACCUACAUCCGGUUUAGACAGUGCAUCUUCUAGUUUACUUCUUAGAGCUCUUCGACGUGAAGCCAUGGAAGGUGUCAACAUAAGCAUGGUUGUUCACCAACCAAGCUACUCAUUGUACAAGAUGUUUGAUGACUUAAUACUUCUGGCAAAAGGUGGUCUUACUGUGUACCAUGGACCCGUAGACAAAGUUGAGGAAUAUUUCGAAGGUUUAGGAAUCAGGAUACCCGAACGUGUAAAUACUCCAGAUCACUUAAUCGAUAUUCUCGAGGCAUCACCACCUUCUCAUGAACCCAACAAUAAAGAACAACGAGAAGUUGAAAAGUAUAAUUACUUCAGUACCCCUGAUUUAUCAGGACGAGUUACCCCUGGAGUUUUUCGUCAGUAUAAAUAUUAUCUUGGAAGGGUUGCUAAACAGCGAAUGAGAGAUGCUAGAGUACAAGCUGCAGAUUAUUUAAUUCUUUUGCUUGCGGGAGCUUGCUUAGGAACAAUGGCUGAAGUGAGUGACGUGUCAUUUGGAUAUACUGGCUAUCAAUAUACCGUUAUUGCUGUCUCUUUGUUAUGCAUGAUUGGAGCUUUGAGAACAUUUUCACAGGAUAAAUUACAAUUCAAGAGGGAAAGCGCUAGUGGGAUGAAAAGCUUAUCUUAUUUUAUGGCGAAAGAUACGAUGGAUCUUUUGAAUAUAGUCAUGAAGCCUUUAGUGUAUCUUUGCAUGUUCUAUUUUUUCAGUUAUCCAAGAUCAAGCUUCGUGUCAAAUUAUUUAGUUCUUUUGUGCCUCGUAUACUGUGUGACUGGCAUAUCAUAUACCCUUGCCAUUUCUCUCGAAUUUAGCCAAGCACAAUUGUGGUCUGUGCUACUUCCUGUUGUUUUGACUCUGGUAGCGAAUCAGGACAAAAAGUCAUUUGCUUCAUUGGUGGCAAAAUUUGUGUUCCCCAGGUGGGCAUUGGAAGCAUUUGUUGUUGCAAACUCAAAAGAGUACAAUGGUGUUUGGUUAUUGACACGUUGUGCUGCAUUGAAGAAAUUUGAUUUUGAUAUUCAUAAUUCGAAGAAAUGUCUUUGGUAUCUUGUUGGAACGGGAGUAGGUUGUCGUGUUAUAGCUUUUAUAAACGGAGCAAUUGAGCAAAAGAUACACCCCGUUGAAGUUUUGAAGCAUUGGUAG